AUGGAGUUUUCGACUUUGAACCCUAACUUCACGAAUGUAAUGCAAGUGUCAGCACGAGAGUAUGAGAGUUGUACUGCAGAUUAUGCCUUCAGGACCUUCACAAGUGGUCCGGCGACCGUUCCUUUGAUUGAGAAAGGUGUCUUUUAUUUUGUAUGCAGUGUCUCAAACUACUGUACCCUUGGACAGAAGGUAGCCAUUACUGUCAGUAAAUGGUCCCCUGGUUCUGCACCAACAUCGCCUCCUUCGGUACCCUUUUCGGGGUCUUUAGGGCCGGAUGAGUCUCAACCUUCAGAGGAUGAUGUUGCUUAUUCCUCUAAGGCCCCAAAUAGUGCGGACUUGGCUAUGUCAAAGGUUGGUCUAUUUGAUAAUGGAGUCCUUUUAGGCUGGCCUUAUGUUUUGUGGUUCGUAUUGGUUUUGGUCUUUGAAUGGUUCUUUUAG